CCCUCAUUCAAUAAGUGAAGGAUAGGGGAAAGCACGACAGAUUGAAAUGUACUGUCCCUCCAACCCAUUCUGGAGUACGCAAUUCGCACAAACACACACACUAACACAACAGCACCGCCCAAAAAUGAAUGGGUUUCUUGCAUUGCGGGCAUCCCUUGUCAAAGCUCAUGGGGUCCUUCUUGCGCAGCCACCCCACCAGACACCCCUCGCAGUACUCGAACCGACACGACGGACACACCACCCGCACGCCAUCCAUCCGCAGUGCGGAAGGCCCGGCCCAAAAGGCUGCCGCCACAGCCAAAUCGCAGCCUACGCAUUCAGCACAUCCUUGACCACACCACGCACGAGUGCCACUGUGCGUGGGUAAAGCGCUGCGCCCCUCCUGCCGCGAGCUGGGGGCUCCGUUGUGAAGACAAAGAAGCAGAUGUUGCCGAAUACCGUCAUGUAGAUAGCAAACUCGUCGAUGGACUUGUCCCCAGACAGAAUCACAACCGUCUCCUUUAAUCCCUGAGGGUUCUCUUCACCGAUGUCAGCCGCCUUGCGAUAGCCCCGCCAGGUGCGGCCUGGCUGGGCGCCCACCUGAGCCGCCAGCUGCUGCUCGGCAUGUAUGGUCGCAAAGACUCCGCCACCCAGACGUCGGAUGAUGACGCGUCCGUCGUACCGGUCACGGGAAGCUGAGUGGACUAUAAGGUCGGUGAACGAUGAGAAGGCUCUGUUUCCACCUGCAGGCAGGCAGGCAGGCAGGCAGGCAGGCAGGACAGAGAGCAACGAGUUGAAGCACAGGGUAAGCAUCGCCUUGAUGUGGUGACUUACACUUGGUCGGUGGGUCGAAUGCGUCAGAAGGCAACACACCGGGCGUGUGGUAUGUCACCGGCUGUGAGCUCGACUCCAGGCAGUCUUGAUUGUCAAAACGGCCGACCCGUAGGGUGGAACCUAAUCGACGGCUGAAGAGUGAGUACUGCCGCACCGCUCCCGGCCGCGCGUCAAAGACGGCCCUGCUGCCUACCGCCUUCAAGUCAUCCGCAGUGACGACAAUGGGCAGUGAGGGCAUCAUGCCGCAGUUCUUCAUGAAGUGGAUGAGCGGCACGAUGGGCUCCCAGCAGCCUCCCUCCUCGAUGACGUACAGCAGCCGCAUAACGUACUCGAUUUGGCUCAUCCGCUUGUCGAUCCCGAUUGCCAGCCGCAGGCCACCCCACGCGAGGCGAGCACCCCAUACGAACACGUCCCAAGACCACAUCAUCAGCUUCGUCAUCUUGUCUACAUCUCGCCGUGCCCACUCCGCCUUGCGCGCCGUGUUAAUGAGCAUAUUAAGGAUUCUGCUCCCAGAAAGAGCCACGACAAACAACGUAAGAUACCACUCGGACGUGGCGAGCCAAUGAUCCGCUAAGAAGAUGGCAAGAAUCUUUCGUAUCAGCCACUGCGUCGGCAACAGAACGACAGCAAGCAGGAUGGGGAAGCUGAACAAGACAAUGAUCAUCGCAGCGAGGCCGCCGAGAAGGCCGAUGGCAGUUGAAAGGGCGCUGUAGGCGGCCUUGAGGAAGUCCUGGGCCGUCUUGUGUCGCUUGAGAUAAGACAGCACGGGAUUCAGUCCAUUUGAGUGGAUGGCGGCGUCGAGGCGGUCCGUGAGGAAGUCCUCAUUGAUGAGAUGAAAGCCAACGCUCCUGGACGUGGCGCGGAGGGCGCCGCAGCUGUCGGCUUUGAGAUACCUCAGCAAGUGGAGGGAAAUAUCGUCAGGAAGGCCAAGCAGAUAGCUCCGGUCGCCCAUUGCUCGACAGGAAACACCGACUAAAUCCACUUUCCAUCUUUCUCUAAACCCGCCGGCCAGCCUGAGCGGGUGGUCCCGUCCUGUGUGCGCUGCCCCACUAAGGGCACGCGGAGACCGUCCUCUUUACCGUCGACCACACCCUGCGUCUCCUGUGCUCCUUCCGACCGGCCCUGGUCUUCAGAGGAUGGAAGUCGAAACGCGGGAUUCCACGGGAAGAAGAAACGCAGCACACGCCCGCCAAUGCUCCUGCACCAACAUCACACUCUCUCUCAAACCGCCGAAGUAGACGACUCAUGCGAUUCCUCGUGCAGGACGCACCUGAGAAAUCGGUCAUGCUCUUCUUGUGCUGCCUUGUUGGCAUCCUCGAGCUUCUUGGCGUGCGCCUACAGCAUCGCCAGAAACAAGCACAACAAUUGACCCCACCCAGUGGAGGUGAUGGACGAGAUCGGAGAGAGAAGAAUAUUCGUCCACAUACAGCGAGCCCUUUGCAUUGCGCGUCGAUCUGUCUCGAGAUGUCCGCGACCUCGAACUGUGACCACGCUCUCGACCCCAACGGGUAAGGGUCUGAGUGAGCCACGCCGCACACAACAAGAGGCGGAUACGUACGGCGGCCUGUGUCAUAGUCUGUCUGUCUGUCUGUCUGUCUGUCCGUCCGUCUGUGUCUGUGUCUGUGUCUGUGACUGUGAGAGAGCUUCCCUUACGGCCUCUUACUUACUCUCUUUGCGAUAGCACUCCCUCACCUCCUCCGGCUCCUGAAACAAACACAUGAGACAAUGCAGGCAGGCACCGCACCGUGCUGUGUGGGUGUUCCCUACCUCAGCGACAUCCGCUCUCUGUCUUGCUGCAGCACGAGGAGGGUCAUACUCACAAAUCUGCCCUGCACACAAGGACGCACAACACCAUUUCGCUGCCGACUCAAUCCUCUUUCCUCCGUACCAUUCGCAUCUAGGCGAGGCCACCGAGCAUUCCCCAUUCUUUCUUCCGGCAGCAGCGGUUUCAGG